CCCCCGCUGUCCCCUCAGUCUCUGGUGAUCCCCGAGAAGUUCCAGCACAUUCUGCGAGUGCUCAACACCAACAUCGAUGGGCGGCGCAAGAUCGCCUUCGCCAUCACCGCCAUCAAGGGCGUGGGCCGGCGUUACGCUCACGUGGUUCUGCGCAAGGCGGACAUCGACCUGACCAAACGGGCCGGGGAGCUCACCGAGGACGAGGUGACACCUGGGGACACCCCCCAGGUUUUGGCCAACGGUCUGGACAACAAACUGCGUGAGGACCUGGAGCGCCUGAAGAAGAUCCGAGCUCACCGCGGCCUGCGCCACUUCUGGGGGCUGCGCGUGCGGGGUCAGCACACCAAAACCACCGGGAGGCGCGGGAGAACCGUGGGCGUGUCCAAGAAAAAAUGAGGG